CUUUUACACAAAAAAAGGUAGAGAUCAAUUGCUGGUGAAUGAGAGAGAAGAAAUUAAGAUAUUUUAAUGUGUAGUGAAAAAUAACAAAUAUUAAAAACUGUGUACACGAAUUCAGACGAACGUAUGUUCACGUGCGUCGAAUUAAGUAUUACUUAAAAAGUCUUUUUGCAGCUAUAUUUUCAGCAUGGACACCAAAACUCUUCCGAGUCUCCUGAGCUUGAAAGUGGCUCCUCCAUCAGAAUUACAAAAUCAGAAUGUUGACAAUGGAAUUGGAGAAGGAGACAGUGAUUCUGUUAAGCUUCCGGCUGCUUUGGAGCAAGCAUUGGCAUUUAAAACGGAAAGAGCCAAAGAAGUAGGCAGUGAUCCUGACGAUGUUAUUUCUGUAAGUAGAUCACCAAAAGAUGAUGGCGAGGAUGCUACUCAGAUAGAAGAUAGUAUAACGGAACUGGAACAAAAAUCAGAAAAAAUAGAAUCUAAAUCAAGUAAGACAAAAAAGAAGAAAAAGUCAAAGAGGAAGAGACGCAAUGCAGAAAAGAAGGAUGCUGAACAGAAGAAGGACAAUGUAGAGGAUGGUAAAAGUAAAGAAGAUUUGCCGGAAAUUGAAUAUAUACAAGAAAUACCGAGCAUAACUGAUUUAGAACCGAUGUACCGUCAAUUUGCUAGGGUCUUUGAAGCAUUUAAAUUGGUCGAGCCAGAACCUAGUCUGAACGACGCAGCUGACAAGGGUGAACCUAUUGGGCAGUAUCCACCAAUGACAAAUGUACAAAAUACCGGCACUGGUGUACCGAGUAAAGUGCCACUAUUGGAUGAUUUCGACGAUGAUGCAAAUCAGCAACAACAACAACAGGGCACUGGUGAGAAUGGUGCUCCACGGCUAUCUAAGAGAAAACUCAAGAGGCUCACACGGCUAAGCGUAGCAGAAUUGAAGCAACUAGUAGGUCGUCCAGACGUUGUAGAAAUGCACGAUGUUACCGCGCGCGAUCCUAAAUUACUUGUGCAAUUGAAGGCGCACCGAAACACGGUUCCAGUACCGAGACAUUGGUGCUUCAAGCGCAAGUAUCUUCAAGGGAAACGUGGUAUAGAGAAGCCGCCCUUUGAUCUACCAGAUUUCAUAAAACGCACCGGUAUCACGGAAAUGAGAGCGAGUCUACAAGAACGCGACGACACGCGUACACUGAAAGCGAAGAUGCGGGAGCGAGCGAGACCCAAGUUGGGUAAGAUCGACAUCGAUUAUCAAAAGCUGCACGACGCUUUUUUCAAGUGGCAAACAAAGCCACGCAUGACGAUUCACGGCGAUCUCUAUUACGAGGGUAAAGAAUUUGAGACACGUUUAAAGGAGAAGAAACCGGGCGAGUUAUCGGACGAAUUGCGCACAGCGCUGGGCAUGCCAGUCGGACCGAAUUGUCAAAAAGUACCACCGCCAUGGCUUAUAGCUAUGCAACGUUACGGCCCGCCACCGAGUUAUCCAAAUCUCAAGAUACCCGGUUUAAACGCACCCAUACCAGAAGGUUGCGCCUUUGGUUAUCAUGCGGGUGGAUGGGGAAAACCGCCAGUGGAUGAAACAGGUAGGCCGCUCUACGGAGAUGUGUUUGGUGUAUCUCGCACAUCCGGCGCGGAUGCGAUGGAUGAGGAGAUAGAUCGGGGAAUGUGGGGCGAGCCGGAAUCGGAGUCGUCGGGCGACGAAGACGAGGAGGAGGACGCCGAAGAGGGCGGCGAGGGUGGCGAGGGCGAAGGAAAAGACGGAGACGACGACACCAGCGGAUUGGUCACGCCCGGUGCCGAGGGCUUGAUCACACCAAGCGGCAUCACGUCGAUUCCGGCGGGUCUGGAGACCCCGGAGACCAUAGAACUGCGGAAGAAAAAGAUCGAGAGCGAGAUGGAAGGCGGCGAUACGCCCGCACUGUACACGGUACUGCAGGAACGUCGUACGGAGGGUUUGGGCGCCAGUAUGAUGGGCAGCACGCACGUUUAUGAUAUGACGGGUGCGGCUGGUGGCCAGGCGCCACCAUCCGUAAUCGCCGCGCGUCGUGGCGGAAUCAGCGGUAGUACAAGCGAUGCUCGUGCAGAGAAGGACGGGGCGGUGGAGUUAACGCUCGAUCCCAGCGAGCUGGACCUCGACUCCGAAGCUAUGGCGUCUAGGUACGAGGAAACGAUGAGAUCGAGGCAGGCGCAUCUUAGGAGAGAAGAUUUAUCGGAUAUGUUGCAAGAUCAUGUACAACGGCAAAAGAGCAAACGCAAACGUCAGCAAAUUCAAGACACAAAAACAUCCAAGAAAUAUAAAGAGUUUAAAUUUUAAACAUUGUUUAUUUUUUUCGCGUAAUUAUGUAUUAUAUUAUAUAGAGAUGAAAUUGUUUGUAGUAGCAUAAGAUUGGACUUAAUGUAUUGCAUCACUUUAACAAGAUCGCAAAAUAGUGUUUAAUAGUAAUUACAAUUUUGUAUUUCAUGUUUGCAAGCUAUAUUUUGGUCGAUAAUAAUCGAAUCAACCGUGUAUAUUUAUGACGUACACAUUGACGAUAGUGAUGGAUUAAUAUACUAGGAGCUGAAUAUUUUUCAAAAUAAAUAUAAUUAUAUCUAUUUUUUAUGUAAUACAAACAAGAACGACUACAAGAACUACAUGAAUAUUGUGUAGAAAAUGCAGUCUUUUAUCAGAUAUAACACAUAUAGAUCCAUUUGUUCAAUUUUUUAAUUGCAUAUACAUUCCAUUAUAGUGACAGUGGCAACCAUAUAUGGAUGAUAGUUAAUUCAUGCACAGUUCGUUAAUGUAAUACAUUGUCAUACCUCGA